CUCAGGUGGCCAGGAUGAAGACCCCUUCACCGGUUGGACCAUCCCAGACCAUUAAAGCUGCCUGUCACUCUCCUCGCCCAGUUAAGACCGUCAGGACACCAGUUCCCUCAUCGUCCUGCUGGCCCUGGAUUAUCGAUGACCGACUUGCCACCUCUCAUUCCCCUUCUAAAGAGGUGCCGCUUAGUGCUAGUAUUAGGGCUAGUCAUAGUCAGAGUGACAUGAGGUACAGGAAGUUCUCCAGGAACCACCAGUGUACCUGCAUGUCCCUGACUUUUCUGGCUUAUCUGAACGAGGGCUGUCAGUUUAACACUGCUGUCCUUGAUAGAGUGCUGGCAAAGGGAGGUUCACUUUAUGUAGGUGUAAAACAGCUGAUCCAGGAAAAAAGAUUCCGCAGUGACCAUCUCGCUGUGGAAGAACUGCCCAAACAAGUCCUGACUGACACAGAUAUGUGUAACGUCCACAUGCCUGAAAUCAGGUGUGGACUUGUGGAAGCCAGGCUUGGUAUCUGCCCCUUGCCACACAGUUAGAGUGUCUGUCAGGUGACGUUAAUCUGGCUUUAGUCAUAAUAAGUCCAGAGUGUAUUGCAGUUUUCCGUGACCACUCAGGCAGGUAUGGUGUGUUUGAUUCACACUCAAGAAGUGUGAUGGGCUUACCUCACCCCCACGGAACUGCAAUUAUGAAGACUUUCUCAAAAAUCAGUGACUUGGCUGACCACCUGCACAAACUCUUUGCAAAUCGUGGACCUUCUGCCAGUUAUGAGUUUGUUCCAGUGUCAUUUGAAGCCAUUGGUUCAGGAGAACGCCCUCAGGCAUCUCUGGCACACAGUGUAUCCAGAACAGCUCUCCCACCAGUAGCAGAGCGUGUCCACAAGACGGCUCCUGCACCACCAGCAGCAGAGCGUGUCCACAAGACGGCUCCUGCACCACCAGCAGCAGAGCGUGUCCACAAGACGGCUCCUGCACCACCAGCAGCAGAGCGUGUCCACAAGACGGCUCCUGCACCACCAGCAGCAGAGCGUGUCCACAAGACGGCUCCUGCACCACCAGCAGCAGAGCGUGUCCACAAGACGGCUCCUGCACCACCAGCAAAAGAACAUUUCACAAAAUUGCCAAAGCAACAGCGACGAAGAGCGAUGCGGAAAGCCAGCAAAAACCAAAACGCAUUACUCUCUGGUGAAGAAGAAAAAAGGAAAAACGCCCAAUAUGAAAGGAAAAAAUACAGCAGCUGUCCAGAAUUUAGGAGAAAAAAGCUCCAAGCACAAAGGAGAAGAUAUGCCCAAGACAGUCUCCAUCAGAAACAGCGAUUACUGUCCUUCAAACGUUACUAUGACAAUGUUCAAGAUAAGAAGAAAGAAGAAGUCGUCCGAAGAUACAGGGAAGAUGCUGUUUUCAGGCAACAACGAAAGACUUACAUUACAAAGAAAUACAAGGAAGAUGCCACGUUCCGCACCAGACAAAAGAAACACAUUCGAGAUAGAUACGAGGAAGAUGCCACGUUCCGAACCAGACAAAAGAAACACAUUACAGAUAGAUACCAGUCAGAUGCAGCGUUUCGGAGCAGACAAAAAUUUGGCAUGUCUCAGAGGUAUAACACGGAUCAAAGCUAUAGCCAAAAGAAAAAGCAAGAUUUCAAUCUUAGAUAUCACAGUGAUCCAGAAUUUAGACGUCAUUUUAAUCAACGUUGUAACCAGCAGAGAGGAACCAAAUUGGCCACAAAUGCUGCCUUUAGCAUAUUUUACAAGAUGCAGAGAGCGCUUAGAAUCAGGAGAAAAUACAGACAAAUUGUGCUCCACCGCCCCCAGCCCCUUAUUGAUCCGGUGAUGGAAGCAGCCAUAGCUGCCUUUCGUGAGUCAAUUAGACAUGGACCCACAUACAUUUGUACCGUUUGUAACAGAACCAUGUUUCCUAAUCAGGUCAAAGAAUGCAAAAGACAAAAAUAUUGUAAACACGCAAAAGUCGCAGCAGCAUGCUUGACAGGAAACUAUGUUCACUUUUGUGACAGUGACUGCUCUACCCCUUGCUCUGUGCCACAAGAGAGGCUGCAUGAGUGGAUAUGCUACACCUGCGACAGCCACCUUUGCAGAGGAUGCAUACCACCCAUGGCAGUGGUAAACAAUUUGGAGUUGGCGCCCAUCCCCCCAGAAUUGGCUGCACUUAAUGUGCUUGAGAGGCAGCUGAUUGCAAAAAUCUUGCCAUUUGCAAAAAUUGUUGCUCUGCCAAAAGGCCAACAGAGAGCAGUCCACGGAGCUGUUGUGUGUGUUCCAUCAGAGGUGGAAGCGACCGUCAACAGUCUCCCAAGGCCCAGAGCAGAAGCGCAGCUGCUUCAAGUGAAAUUGAAAAGGCACAUCAAAUACAAAGGUUACCAGCACUUUUACAACGUUAAUAUGAAGAAUGUGCUAGCUGGUCUUGCGAAAUUGAAAGAGACACAUUCAGAAUAUAAAGACGUGUUUAUCGAUGAGACUGCAACUUUUGACUGUCUGCUCGAAGAAGAGGAGCCCAUCGAAGAAGAGGAACCCAGACAAGAAGACGAGCUCGGACAAGAAGAGGAACCCAGCAUCCCAGAAGAAGAUGGGGAUGUCGAUUUGGAAGAAAUUUUUAAAAGCCAAAACGAGCCGGGACAGUUAGAGGCAGAUGAGGAAGAACAGGAGGAGCUGAGACCAGGCCUCUCCCUGGACACUUGCAUGCAGCCCCCCGACAUUGCACAGGAAAUCCUUUCAUAUGGCGACGGAGUAUUUAGCGUUGCACCCGCGCAAGGCAACAAACCAGUUGGUUUUUUCACCAUACCCAAGUUAGAGGCCAUGGCUUUUCCUGUACAAUUUCCGACAGGAGAGAACACGUUAGAUGAAGCUAGAACCGUCUCCCUGUCCCCGAGCCUCUACUUUAAUUCUAGGCUCUUUGCUGCAGAUACGCGUUUUGCAAGUGACCAGAGUUAUCUUUUCUUUGCGCAGUUUGUUACAGAGACUCACCUCGCGACAAAUAGUAUGUCUAUACAAAUGCGCAAAGGAAAGUCGAAAACCAAAGACGGCCGUAGGAUUAACAAUGUCAUGCUCCAGGAUGAGAUAGAACGGCACAUCAUGAGCCAAGACGCAACCAGGUUCAUGCAGCCUCUUAGAGGCACUCCAGCCUAUUGGAAUAAAACGCUUAAAGAUGUGCAUGCCAUGGUUCGUCAAAUUGGAAAACCAACAUUUUUUGCCACAUUCUCCGCUGCUGAGAUGAGAUGGCCUGAGUUCAUAGAGGCCAUCAAAGCUCAGCAAGGUGAACAAGGGCUGUUUUCAGAUUUGGAUUGGAAAUCAAAAUGUGACAUUCUGAGAAGUAACCCCAUCACAGUAAUGCGCAUGUUUGAAAAGAGAGUAGAGGCUCUCAUGACGAUUGGUGAAGUGGAAGAUUAUUUUUAUCGCGUUGAGUUCCAAGCCAGGGGAAGCCCGCACAUCCACAUGCUCAUUUGGAUCAAAGAUUCACCAAAAUUUGAAGAGGACCCCGAUAGACACGUCAUGGAAUUUAUAGAUAGAUACAUUAGUUGCAAAAUGCCCGACCCUGACACAGAUCCGGAACUCCACAAAAUAGUGUCAGAGGUUCAGGUGCACAGCAGGAAACAUUCAAAGUCCUGUAAGAAGGGAAAUGUAGCCUGCAGGUUUGGCUUUCCAAAACUACCGAUGGACAAAACAUUCAUCACCAGGCCCCCCACUAUUAAUUGCCACCAAAAAGAGGAUCAAGAUGAUGCAGACUUCGAAGCGCAAAUAGAGGAGCAGAAAAGGGCCCUCGCAGAAAGGCAAAAAUUGGCUAAACAAACGCUCCAACCAGUUAGAGAUCUGCUUAUGGAUCCAGGCGCUUCGUUCAGCAGUUUGACAGACUUGCUUUGCCAGUGCAACUUGACUUACGAGCAAUACUUUGCCGCCGCGCAGCGCCUGGCAAACACCCAUGUCGUGAUGCUGAGGCGCCAUCCAAAUGAUUGUUGGGUUAAUACCUACAAUCCUGAUUUGCUUAGAGCGUGGAACGCAAACAUGGACAUCCAGUACGUCAUAGACGACUACAGCUGCAUCAUGUACAUGAUGUCAUAUGUAGCGAAACCGGAGCACGAGAUGACGGAAUUCCUUAAGAACGUCAUCAAGGAUGUAAAGACAUCUGAUGUUAACAAGCGCGACGAAAUGAAACAAAUUAUGCAGGCCUACUCUAAACACAGAGAGGUCAGCGCUCAAGAGGCUGUAGCCCGUACCUGCAGCUUACGCCUCAAGAAGUGCUCCCGAUCCGUGGUGUUUAUUCAGACCGAUGAGGAAGGUCUGAAAAUGAGUCACCCUAUGAGUAGACUGGAAAGAAUGGAACCCGGAUCAGUGGAUGUAUGGAUGUCGGGGUUGCCUGAAAAAUACGUCAACAGACCUCUCACUCGAGAGUUUGAACGUAUGUGCCUGGCCGAGUUCGCGUCAGACUACAGGGUAGUCUACGGCCAGCAAACGGAAAGCCCGAAUGCCAUUCCAUUGUUGAACGAUGAAGGAUUUAUUCUAAAGAGAACCGUAGGAAAACCAGCAAUCAUUAGAUUUACUCGCUUCUCUGAGGAAAAAACUCCAGAGAAGUUUUAUAGAACAUUGCUGAAACUUUAUCUCCCACAUCGAUCCGACGCCGAUCUGAGAGAUGACGCGUACCCCACUUAUGAAGAGUUUUAUAAGUGUAGCGACAAGUGGGGUAUGAGAGUAGAGGAAAUAGUGAGGCACAACAAAAAACGUUAUGAGGGCCAAGGAAAAAACAUGGAAGCUGCGUUUCAACAGCUUCAGGUGUGCGGUCCUCUCGUGAAUGCUUGGAACUCUUUCGCGCCCGAAGUUGAAGUUGACCGGCUGGAGUGCCUGGCUGAAUGUGAACCUUGCGAUCAGGAGCAAAACGGUGAAGAUGUCCCAGAAUUUGGCACUAAGAAGGAAAAGGGGAGCUCUAUGCCUAGAAUAGAUGCUCCAGCGUUGAGUCCAGACUUUGUUAGGAAAAUGUACCAAAGUCUGAACGAAACUCAGGCUUCCGUUUUCUACACUGUUCGACAGUGGUGCUUUGAACUAGUCUGGGGCCACAAUCCAGAACCAUUUUAUUACUUCCUGUCGGGAGGGGCUGGAUGUGGCAAAUCGCAUGUGAUUAAGUGCAUUCACCACGAGGCAACGAGAAUUCUGCGCGAGCUCCCGAGAUUUCGGGACCACGCAGACAUGUCCCAACCCGCAGUGCUGCUGACCGCGUUCACAGGUACAGCAGCAUUUAACAUAUCAGGCAACACGUUGCACUCCAUUCUCAAAUUACCAAGGUCCUUGAAGCCACCUUAUCAAGGUCUUGGGAAUGCACUCGACGAAGUCAGAGCAACACUGGCGAACGCUGAGAUUCUCAUCAUCGAUGAGGUAUCCAUGGUCUCUAAAGAGCUAUUUGCCUACGUGCAUUGGCGAUUUCAGCAGAUCAGGGGUAAUCGGAAGCCAUUUGGAGGCAUGUCUGUCCUUGCUGUAGGUGACUUUUAUCAGCUGCCGCCCCUUGGUAAAGCCAAGCCACUGUGUGUGUACGAGGAGACUGAGUUUGAUCUCUGGAAGGAUAACUUCAAAAUGGUCACCCUGACAGAGAUCAUGCGACAGAAAGAAGAUCGAGCUUUUGCUGAACUCUUGAACCGUCUCAGGGUGAAGCAAAAGGAAGAUUCUUUGUUAGAUGAAGACAGGCUCUUGCUUACACAGGCAGUGGCUGAUAAUCAGCAUUGCCCAGCCCUGAGUCUACACAUCUACGCCACAAACAAAGAGGUAGACCGUCACAACGCCGACAUCGUAACUGCUUCCUACAAGGAUGCGAUUGCCGUUAUGUUGAUCCGAAAUUUAGAUGUGGAAGACGGCCUUGUUAACGGUACAUUUGGAACCAUUUCUAACAUUGUAAUUAGAGAACCGGAAGGCGUGAAGAUGAUUGGACUCCUGCUGGACAAUCCUACAGCAGGACAGAGAUACCGCAAAAAAAUCUUAGGUCCCUCAGAUGACUCGGUGUACAUCGAAAGAUCUGAGGAGAACCUAAGUAACAAGAAAGGGGUUGUUCGACGGCAGUUCCCCAUGAAAUUAGCUUUUGCUUGUACGGCCCACAAAGUUCAAGGAAUGACCAUGCCGUCGGCGGUUGUGUGUCUGAAGCGUGUUUUUGAACCUGGUAUGGCGUACGUUGCGCUCAGCCGCACGACCUCGCUUCAAGGUCUCACCAUCCUUGACUUUGAUGAGAAAAAAAUUUAUGCUGACCCCAAGAUCAAGACAGCCCUGGAAAGUAUGCCUCAUGCAUCUUUCCAGAGCUGUAGACCAUUGUUAACGUUUUUGAAAUCUAUACAACAAACGCCAAAGGUUUUGACAAUUGUCCACCACAACACGCAGGGUCUGCCAUGUCACAUGGUGGACCUGAAAGCACAUCACGAGCUCCAACAAGCAGAUGUGCUUUGCCUUACAGAGACACAUUUGUCAGGGUCCUCUGUAGCUGAAAUUUUUCAAUUGGAGGGGUACACCAUGUUCACACGUAGCAGACAGCUGUCUUACAACAGCUGUGUGAACAUGGCCAAAAAAGAGGGAGGUGGAGUUGCGAUGUACUGUAGAGACACUGUGCAAGCAGAGCCUCGCAGGUACAUGCAACAGGUCACUGAUUUGGAGUUUGUUGUCCUUAAAAUUGAGGCUCCAGUCAAAGUGCUAAUAGCGACUGUGUACAAACCGCCAAGUUUUCAACUGGGAAUCUUUCUCCAAAACUUGAAAAACCUCUUGGACUCAUUGGACAUGUUAAAUCACCAGCCCAUCAUUGUUUGUGGCGAUUUUAAUGAGGACCACCUUUUAAAUGGAAAAAAAAGUAUCAAAGAUUUGUUUCAGUCCAGAGGUUACACUCAAUUAGUAGCAAAUUCGACAACCGAAAAGAACACACUGAUUGAUCACAUUUACAUUUCACAUCCUGAUAAAUGUCUUCAAUCAGGUGUUCUCCAAACAUAUUACAGUUACCACAGUCCAGUUUAUUGUAUUUUGACUGAGUAAUGACUUAUCCCCAGCUGUUACGUCCAAGACCUGUUGUGCCACGUUUUUACAGCGUACCAGGAGCUGUGGUCCUCUCCGGGUGAGUAUAGCAUCCGAGUGUUUCUGAUUUCAGUUUGUGGUUGAUCUCCCUGGUUAGUUAGGGAGUGUGCCAGCUGGGCAGAGCAAUCUGUCCUUCCAUCGGUGUACUAUUUGUUAUUUUGCCUUUUUUAUUUUCGAGGCAAUCCUGGGUGGAGACAUGUUUCUCUGGUGGGGGCGAGCAUUUCAGGGCCUUGGUCAUUUGGCUGAGGUUUACUGAAGUUUUGCUUUAAAGAAGCCUCGAGCCCAGCACGUCUCAGAAGAUAGUUAGGUUUAGUUUGGAGUUAGGCAGGUACCAGGGGGCUUGCUUCAUUUGCACUCGGAGAUUUGCUCACUAGUGAUUGAUGUCAUUUAUUUCACUAUUUGGUCUUGUUUAGUCUUUUAGUGUGUUUUAGUC